AUGGAGGCAGAUAUAAUAGGAAUCGAACUGAGGAAUGACAGUUCAGAAGAAAAUAUUGGCAGGAAAGCUGCUGCAGAUCCCCUUCCACCUCUACACGUUCCCAAAGCGAGACGACGGCUGAAAAACGUUCGAGCCCAGAACCAACCGACGUUAACGGAAUACUUCCCUGUUAGAAGAUCAGUAAGGCGAUGUAAAAAGACUGUUUUAGAAGAGAAGCAACAACUAUUAGAAGAUGCAGUUAGAUCUGGAAGAGAAGAUGGACUACUGGUUUUACGACGGCUUACCAAAUUGAAAGUAAAUCCAAGUAUCGAUGCGACUGCAGAAACUGGAAGACUAGGUCGAUUAGUGAACCAUUCUAGGAACGGAAAUCUCGUAACAAGGACCAUCUCCAUCGACAAUAUCCCGAGACUGGUACUAGUAGCUAAAGAUGAUAUUCGCAAAGGCGAAGAAGUUCUGUAUGACUAUGGAGAUAGAUCGAAGGAAUCUUUGAUACACCAUCCCUGGUUAGCAAAUUAAUUGUAAUUUUUACAUGGUGAUCCUUGAAUUAGGCUAGAACUUAAUAUCAUGGAAACGUUCUAGCUACUUCGAAUAUUAUUUUGUUCAAAACAACAAUCGAAUCGGUGUUAGUUGAAAUUUUUAGUUUUCUGUGAAACUCGGACCGUUAUAUGGUCUUCAAGCAAAAAUAUGUUUACUAUUGUUUCCUUAUAUUAAGGAUUUUGAUGAAGCGCUUGUACCACUUAUUGAAUUUACAUGCAUCCAUUGUUUGACAUAAAUGAUACAAUUUCGGAUUACAGUACCUAUUUAAAAAUUGACGUAACUUUGUGACAUGACAAUGACGUUGAUAGGUUAUAUACUGUUAUUUGUUCAUGAUCUUUAUUGAGCACUUUUUCAGAUAUAUAUCUGAUCGCCAACAAAAAAUCAUUUUUAUAGGAUGUAAUUGACCAUAUUUUCAAGGGUUAGAUAAUUCGUAUUGUAAGGUUGGCUUCAACGGUGUCAAAUGUCAAAUAUGAAUAGGAUCGGCGCCACUGUCGAAAUCAUUGCAUUUUUAUAAGAUCACAUACUCUGAAUUGUUAAUUACAACUCCUUGAAUUCUCCGUUCAUCUAACUAAAUUUGACUUGGACAAAAGACAAUGCAUUCUACAAAUGAUAGUCAAUUUGAUAGUAGCUGCUGCCAACAAAUAGCACAAAAUGUCUAACCUAUUCCAAUUGAAAUAUGGUCAACAGGUCAUUUAUUUUUCAUACAAAUGUAUUAGAUUAUUCUUCAGAAAAGUGCAUUCCACACCAGUAUAGUUUAUCGCCACCUAGUUUUGGGAAGGUGUGAAAUAUAUUCAAACUCAAGAACGGAUAAAAUAAAUAAAAAUGUUUUUUUUUCUGCUAUUGACACUCUGUGAAAGAAUUUGAUACAAAUGGAGGUGUUUUCAUCAAUUAUUGUUUUGAAUUCACCAGUUUCAUAUUUUAAUUUGAGGAGUGAAUAACAUGAUGUACAAUUUAUAUCAACUGAAAAAGAGCACGUUAACCUACAAUGAUGAAAAAAGUUUCUUAUAUUUGGGAUGUCCAUGAAUAUUGUUAUUAUUAUCAAUUUGGAAUUUUUUGAUUAAGCUAUUAACACAGACUUAUAAACAUAGAGGACAAGCGUUUCUUUUUUUAUAUAUGUAUAUAACUUUUUUUCUUGCCCUAUUCAGUGAAUUUUGACUUCAAGCAGAAAAUUCUGUUAUAUUUUAGUAUGUAUCUGUGAACUUUUUAUUGCAAUUCAUGUUAAGCCUACUUCAUGGGUCACCCUGUAGCUUAGUGAAUAAUAAUUUAUUAGUUAUAAUCAGAACGACAAUGGCCCUGUACCUCAGUGAAAGUAUAGUUAUAAUUU